AAGAAUACUAGCUAGCAAGUAUAUUUGAAAUGUUUUCUUUACAAGCAAGUGAUGACUUACUAAUUCAAAUUCUCUCAAAUCCAUGUCAACAAAGCAAGAAUAAUAUUUCACAAGAUCCAGUUAUGGAUUUUGCUUCUAUGGAUACAACGCGUAUUCAUAUUCCUCCAAAUACUAAUUCACAGAAAAAGAGAAUAUCCAAAAGAAAACUGAAUACUAAUAAUGAAGAUGGAAUUGCUUCGGAUGAUCAUUUCAAGCUUAGGAAAAUUAUACAUAGAGAUAUUGAACGUCAGAGAAGACAAGAAAUGGCUGCGCUCUACUCUUCUCUUCGUUCUCUCCUUCCUCUACAAUAUGUCAAGGGAAAGCGUUCAGUAUCGGACCAUAUGCAUGAAGCUGUGAAUUAUAUAAAAGAAAUGCAAGGAAACAUCAAGGAAUUGGAGAAACAGAGAGACUUGCUAAUGAUACCCAAUUCAAUCCAACAUGGAACUGAAAAUGAUAGCACAUUCACAGAUUGUACUGUAACAGUGAGUCCCUGUCUGCAGGGUGGUGUACAGAUCUCAAUCAGUGUUGAUUGUAAAGGGAAAAAUUUUCCUCUUUCAAGAAUUCUGGGUGAGCUUCUGAAACAAGGGCUUAAUAUGGUUAGUUGUGUUUCUGCAAAAGCGGAUCAAAGGUCACUCUACACAAUUCACACUGAGGCGUGUGAUAUGAACAACAUUGAUCACCUGGCACUGCAACAAAAAGUGAUUGAUAUGAUCAACCUGGACUUGUAAUUCUCGGUUUACAAUUAAUAACAUACCAUUCAAGUGCAUUUUUGGCAGUAAGGAUGUUUGGGUUUGUAGAAAAUGCAUUGUUGCAGCUUAAUUCCACUAAUGGUCUGGCGUGGCAAAUUGCGAUGUAUAUAAAGCAAUGAGGAAA